AACGGUCUUAGUCUAUCGAGGAUAUAUAAAAAGGAUGGUUCCAACAUUAUAAGCAGUCCAACACCUUCUGUUCAUGAGUUGAAGUUGCUCUUCGUUCUUUUCUUUAUUGUUAGCGAACUGCUCUUUCAGAAACUGGCCGAGGAUUUUUGGAAAGACUAUUGUCAACGAUGGACACGAAGGACUUCAUUGAUUUUGGCAAGGCAGUUAUCGAUUUCGUAGCCAACUAUACGGAGACCUUGAGAGAGAAGAAUGUCCUUCCGAACGUGGAGCCGAGAUAUCUCUUUAAUCUGUUGCCGGAAAAAGCGCCACAGAAGCCGGAGAGUUGGCAAGAAGUGUUUAAAGACGUCGAACGAUAUAUCAUGCCAGGAAUGACUCAUUGGAAUUCACCACAAUUUCACGCAUUUUACCCAACAGGAAAUUCAUAUCCCGCGAUUAUUGGCGAUAUCAUUGCCAACGGUUUUGGGUGUAUAGGCCUUUCAUGGAUCUCCUCGCCGGCUUGUACCGAAUUAGAAAUGAUUAUGAUGAAUUGGCUUGGGAAAUUAUUAGGAUUACCAAAGCAGUUUCUGAGUAGCAACGAGGGCUUCGGUGGCGGUGUCAUACAGGGAUCGGCCAGCGAGGUUACGCUAUUAUGUUUGAUAGCAUCAAGGGAACAAGCAACACUUUGUACGAAACGCCUACAUCCAGAAUUAGACGAGGCAAUCAUCAAGACUAAAUUAAUUGCAUAUGCGUCUGAUCAGUCGAAUUCCUCUGUAGAAAGAGGUGCAUUGUUGGCAUCGGUUCCAAUUAGACUUUUACCUACCGAUGACAAAUGCGCUCUUCGAGGUGAAACGUUGCUGAAAGCGGUCAAGGAGGAUCUGAAGAAAGGUUUGAUACCGUGUUGCGUGAUAGCUAAUCUGGGAACCACUGGUACGUGCGCCUUCGACAAUCUCGUCGAAUUGGGACCCAUUUGCAAGGAAUACAACAUGUGGCUGCACAUCGAUGCAGCUUACGCAGGCGCUGCUUUCGCAUGUCCCGAGUAUCGACAUUUGAUGUCCGGUAUUGAAUAUGCUGACUCGUUCAAUGUCAACGCGCACAAAUGGUUAUUAGUUAAUUUUGAUUGCUCUCUCUUAUGGCUGAAAGAUUCCAGGAAACUUGUUGAGGCGUGCAGUGUAGACAGGAUUUACUUGAAACACGACAAACAAGGGCUUAUCCCGGAUUACAGAAAUUGGCAAAUUCCUCUGGGUCGUCGUUUUCGUUCCUUGAAAGUCUGGUUCGUCCUUCGUUUGUACGGGGUCGAAGGGAUCCAGCAAUAUAUACGACGUAGUAUACAACUGGCCGAAAUGUUUGAAAAUUACGUGAAGUCUGACAGCAGGUUUGAACUAGUGACGGAGAGAGUUUUGUCUUUAGUUUGCUUCAGAAUGAAGGGUGACAAUCAAUUAACUCAGGAGCUCAUUAACCGUGUGACAGUUCGAAGGAAGAUUUACAUAAUUGCCGCGACGUAUCGCGAGAAAUUGAUCGUGCGGUUGGUGAUUGGCUCUCGUUUGACUCGCGAGGACGACGUAAUGUUCGCGUGGAACGAGAUCACGAGCCAAGCGACAGAGAUCCUGCGAACUGUGACUCCUCCGCUGGAGAAAGUCUCGGACAACUCUUUGGAAACUCAGUUGUGGCAGAAUCAGAAAGUUUAAAUUUCGAGUCGCAAAGAUGCAACAGAGUAGUACGAUUUUGUUAAAAAAAAGAAAAAGAGAAAAAAAAGAUCUUGCAGCGGGAUCGAACAGUGUGUGAAUAUGCUUAAAGAUCUAGAUUUCAAAAAGUCAAUUAUACGUUGAAUGACCAUUUGAGUCUAAGAUGACGAUACAAAACAAAAUUUAUAAUCUCACUCGAGAAUUAAAAUGAAUUAAUUGUAAAUUGUGUUUUAUUUUUAUUAGCAAUAAAGAUGAGAUUUAGUA